GAAAGGUUAAAACAAAUAAAAUAAACACUGUUCUGGAAACCAUGGGAAUCAAGCUCGAAGAAAAGGAGCUGGAUCAAUUAAAAGAAAACCUACCAGAUAACGGUGAUGGGAAAGUUAAUUUCCAAGACUUGAUGAAUGAAGUAAAAGCUCUCAUAGGAAAUGAAGAAAAUAUCAAAGACGUGAAGAAUAUUCUUGAAGGCAUGGGAGUAGAGCUCACACAGCAGGAAUAUGCAGACCUGUUGAAAAAUCUCCCUGUUGAUGUUGAUGGAAAUUUCUACCAUAACAGAUUAAUGAACACUCUGAAAUCUCUUAAAAGAGGGAAGGCUGAUGUCAACAAACUGGACACAGUGGUGAAAAACAUGGGGAGGAGAGUUUCAGGAACGGAAUUUAACGAUAUGACCAAGAGCUUACCAGUGCGUUCUGGGAAAAUUGAAAUGAAAACGUUGAUCAAUGCAAUGAGAGCCUUUACAGGUAACAAGAUUGCUAUCAGUGAUCUCCAAGAUGUUCUGGGAAGCAUGGGCAUUGAGCUCACAGAUAAGAUGCUGUCCGAUCUGCAGAAAGCCCUGCCUGUGGACGAUGAUGAAAUGGUAUUUCAGAAUAGAUUGUUGGAAGAAGUGAAGUCUCUCAAAGGAGGGAAAGUUGACGUCGAUAACAUUGACACCAUCCUGGAAAAUAUGGGGAUUAAGCUCACAGAGGCGGAGCUUAAAGAGCUAGCGGAAGCCCUGCCAGUCGAUGCUAAUGGGAAGGUUGAACUUACUAAGUUGAUGGAUGAAGUGAAAGCUCUCACAGGAGGAGAGACUGAUAUCAACGAUGUGAAAAAUGUUCUUAAAAAAAUGGGGAUAGAACUCACAGAAAAAGAAAUGUUGAAGCUGCUAAAAAAUCUACCAGUCAAUGAAGAUGGAAAGAUCUAUCACAAGAGGUUGAUGGACAGUCUGAAGUCUCUUUCAGGAGGGACUAUUAGUGCCAAUAAACUGGAUUCUCUUCUGGAGAGCAUGGGCAUGAAACUCAAAGAAAAGGAAUUUGAAAACCUGACUCAGAAGCUGCAGCAAGAUGUUAAUGGAAAUAUCAGUCUUAAAAAGGUGAUGGAUGAAUUAAAAAAAGUUUCUGGCAACAAGCUUGCUGCAAGUGGUCUUCAGAGUUAUCUCAGAAACCUGGGGGUCCAACUGACAGAUUCAGAGUGUUCGAAGCUAAAGGACACUUUGCCUACUGAUGCUGCUGGAAAGUUAGAUGAGAAUAGCGUGCUGGAUGCUGUACAGUCUUUUAAAGGAGGGAUGGUUAAUCUCAGUGACCUGGACAAAGCUCUUGGGAACAUGGGAAUUGAACUCACAGAGAAAGAACGUAAACAUCUAAAUGAUGACCUUCUAGCCAAAGCUGAGGGGAAGAUUCGUCUCAAUAAGCUUCUAGAUGAAGUAAAAGCAAUUAGAGGAGAGCCUAUUGCCAUGGCUGAUUUAGAAGAUGUUCUAGACAACAUGGGGGUAGAACUUACAAAUAAGGAGUUCAGGAAGCUGGUAGACAAGUUGCGAGCUGAUGAUGGUGGAAAAACCUAUCAGAAGAGGUUGCUGGAGGGUUUAAAUACAUUUACAGAGGGGAGAAUCAAGGCUGAAAAAGUGGACACGUUUCUGAAGAACAUGGGGAUGAACAUCUCAGAAAAAGAACUUAAAGAUCUAACACAAAGCCUGCCCGUGAGUGCUGAUGGGAAAGUUGAUAUAAAAACUAUAAUGAAGGAGGCAAAGACUUUCACAGGUGAAAAGAUGGAUGUCAAUAAUCUGGAAGAUAUGCUAAGAAAAGCGGGGCUUGAGUUUAAUGAGCUGGAAUAUUCGAAGCUAUUGAAAACUCUGCCAGUGGACGAUAAUGGGAUGGUGCAUUGGGCUAGAGUCCUGAAGGGUGUGAAGUCUCUCAAAGGAGGAAAACUUGAUGUCAAAAACCUGCACCCUUUCCUGGAAAACAUGGGUAUCAAACUUCUUAAUAAAGAAGUGGAGCAGCUGAGGGAAAGCCUGCCAGUUGAUGCUAAUGGAAAAGUUGACCUAAAUAAGGUACUGGACGGAGCAAAAACCUUUACAGGAGAAAAAAUUGGUAUUGGCGAUAUAAAAACUGUUCUGGAAAAAAUGGGGCUAGAGUACAAAGAUCAAGAAUUCUCCAAACUGAUGGAAAAUCUGCAAUUUGAUGAUGAUGGAAAGAUCUUUCAAAACAGGUUACUGGAGAAAGUAAAGUCCCUGAAAGGUGGGAAGGUUAGCUCCAACAAUCUGAAGACUCUGGUGGAUAGCUUAGGAAUCAAGCUUAAGGACAAUGAAUUUAAGGAUCUGGUACAAAAUCUCCCUACUGGUGCUCUUAGGAAAGUUUCUGUGGAUACACUGAUGAAAAAGUUGAAUGCUUUUACAGGAGACAAAGUUGAUUCCAGUGACCUGAAAAACAUCUUAAAGAACCUGGGGGUUGAACUCACAGAGAGGGAGCAAGAAAGGCUGCUGAAAACACUGCCUGUUGAUGAUUCUGGGAAAGUGUAUUACAACAGGGUGUUAAAAGGCGUGAAAUCCUUCAAUGAGGGAAAGGUUCAGGUAAAUAACCUGGAUGGUUUCCUAAAAAGACUGGGAAUCAAACUCAAUGAAGAAGAAUUUGCAAAGCUGUCAGAAGACCUCCCAGUGGAUGAUGAUGGGAAGGCUGAUCUGAAAAAGGUGAUGGAUAGAGUUAGAACCAUUACAGGAGGAGAAGUGGAUAUCAAAAAUGUGAAACCCAUUCUAUCAAAAAUAGGAAUAGAGCUUUCAGACAAAGAAUUCUCAAAAGUGAUGGAAAAACUCCCUUUUGAUGAUGAUAACAAGGUCUUUAAGAACAGGUUACUAGACACGGUGACGUCUCUCAAAGGUGGUAAAGUCGAUGUCAACAACCUGAACACAGUUCUGGGCAACAUGGGAGUCAAACUUUCAAAUAUGGAGCUUAGAGAUCUGAAUCAAAGCAUACACGUUGGUGUUGAUGAGAAAAUUCCUCUACAGACACUGAUGGAAAAACUGAAAGACUACACAGGUGAGAAGAUCUCGACUGACGAUGUACCAAGUGUCCUGGCAAACCUUGAUAUCGAGCUCACAGACAAGGAACUGCAGGACCUGAUGAAACCGUUGCCCCUCGAUGAUACUGGGAAGUUAAGUACUAACAGGCUGCUGAAGGGUGUGAAGGAUCUCAAAGUGGGGAAGAUCAAAAAGGAUAAUCUCCAUAGUUCUUUGGAAAAUAUGGGGUUCAAACUCUCAAUGGAAGAAUUUGCUGAAGUGACAGAAAACCUAGACACUGAUGCAAAGGGGAAUGCUGAUCUGCAGAAAGUGAUGGAAAGAGUGAAAGCUGUCACAGAGAAUGUCAACAUAAAAAAUCUGGAAAAUGUUCUAGGCAACAUGGGAAUCAAGCUGUCCAGCAAAGAACUUGACGAUCUGACAAAAAACCUGCCCGUCGGUGCUGAUAAGAAAGUGCCUCUGAAAAUUUUGAAAGAAGAAGCAAAAGCUUUUACUGGUGAAAAAGUUGACUCUCGUAACCUCCAAAAUGUACUUAAAAAUGUGGGGAUUGAGCUUUCUGACAAGGAAUUGAAUCAAGUCCUGAAAACAUUGCCCACUGAUGAUCAUGGAAGGGUGUUUCAAAACAGAUUGAUGAAAGAAGUGAAGAGUAAUAAACGAGGGCAGGUUGACGUCAAUAAUCUGGAUGCUGCUUUAGACGCCCUGAACAUCAAGCUCACAGAAAAGGAACUUGAGCAGACAAAGGCUGAUCUGAGUGGUGUAGGGCAUAAGAAAAUUGACCUGGGGAAACUGAUGGAUAAAGUACAGUGUAUUACAGGAAAGGAAGUUGAUGUCCAUGAUGCAGCGAAAGUUCUUCAAGACAUGGGAAUAGAACUUACAGACUCACAGCUAUCCAAAAUAGUGAACAACGUACCAGUUGAUGAUGGAAAAGUCUAUCUGAGACGGUUGCUGGACGGUAUGCAGUUCUUUAAAGGACCCAAGGUUGAUGCCAGUAGAGUGGACACAGUUUUGGGAAAUAUGGGAAUGAAUCUCAGUCAAAGGGAGCUUCAAGAUCUAAUGAAAAACCUGAAAGUUGAUGAAAACAAUAAAGUUGACGUGAAAAGGGUAAUAAGUGAAGCAAAAUCUUUCACAGGAGGGAAAGUUGAUGCAAAUAGACUUCCAAACGUUUUGGACACAUUUGGUAUUUCACUCAGGCCUUAUGAAAGCCUGAAGUUGCUAGAUAUGUUGUCAGUUAAUGAUGAUGGAAGAGUUUUUCAGAAACAGUUGGUGAAGGCUGUGAAGUCUCUUGAUGAAGGCAGUGUUGAUAUCGAUAGCCUGGAUACGUUUUUAGAAAACAUGGGGAUCGAGAUGACAGAGAAAGAAUUCAUGGAUCUAACAACAAGGCUGCCAGAAACCUCUGAAGGGAAAGUGAAACUAAAUAAUUUAAUGAAAGAAGUGUAUUCUAUUUUAGGAGAGCCGAUAGAUGUUUAUGACCUAGAAGAUACGCUGAAAGACAUGAAAGUGGAGUUCACAGACAGAGAGUAUGCGACCCUGAUAAGAAGUCUUCCACUUGAUGCUUCAGGAAAGGUGUUUAAGAAAAGGAUAUUGGAUGGUAUAAAGACUCUUAAAAGGGGAAAAGUUGAUGUAAAUAACCUGAGCCCAUUUCUGGAGACCAUGGGACUUGAUCUCUCACAGAAGGAAUUUGAAGACUUUGUAGAAAACCUACCAGUUGAUGAGAAUGGAAAAGUUGAUAUGAAAAACAUUGUGGCAAAAUCGAAAGAUUUCGAGGGAGAAAAGAUUGGUGUCAGUGGCCUGAAAAACACUGUUGGAGAAAUAGGAGUUGACCUCAAUGACAGAGAAUAUGUGAACCUGCUGGAAACAUUGCCAUUUGAUGAAAAUAACAAAGUUUUUCUAAAUAGACUCCUGUCAAGUCUGAGGGCUUUCAAAGGUGGAAGGGUUGAUCCUAAUAAUGUGAAGCCACUCCUCCAGAACUUAGGGCUCAAACUCAGAAACAAAGAAUUGAGAAGUGUGGUACAGAAGCAGGCUGCUGCUGGUGCUAAUCGAAGUAUCCCUCUGAAAAAAAUAUUAGCGGAUGUGAACUCGGUUGUAGGCAAGUUAAAAGUUCUCUAAAGUUUAAAACCCUAAAUUUUAAUGCUGUCCUCAGAUCUUUUCAUUAAUACAUAAACUCACAAGUCCAGGAGGCAUAUAAACAAAACUCUGGCAUCUUCUUAGUGUUCUGCUUCCUCAUCUAGAUGUCCCAAGGGUGGGUGAUGUUGGCACACAAGCGUGAGGAUCAGAUUUCAAUCCCCAGAACCUACAUAAAUAGCAAGUUGUGGUGGUC